CCCAGCCUCCUACAGAGUACCACUUACUCAACACCUGCCUCCUCCUGGGCGUGCUCCCAUCUUGACCACCUUCAAGAGUUUGAAGGCCCCAACUAAAUGGUGAAGUUAGGGAAGUUGGGCUGUUUUUUUAAGUGCAGGGGUGAGUCAAGACCUUUAAUGACAUAACACCUUCUUGUUUAAUCCGUGACUCAAUCUGGGAACCAGCCUUCUGAGAAGCAAGCUGCAAAGUUCAGCAAGAGAGUGGCCCCUUAGGAGCCUGGAGCCGUGGACAAACGGACAGACCACGGCAGUGCUCUGAAAGUUACUCUCAAGGAUCGUUCAGAGGCCUGUGAGGACGUGAGCUUCUCAGCUGCAGAUCACUGACAUCCUCCAGAGGAAUGCUGGGUAACUGUGCUUCAGGAGGCCAAAAGCCACAGCCGUCAAGUGGACACGUUCUUCACAGUGUCUCUGUCUCAGUUCUGUUGAGCCUUGGAACUCUCUAAGAAAACCCUGUACCCCUCUUGUGGCUCUGCUCAUAAACGGGAGAUGCUCAUUCAAAUGAAGGGAUUGAACAAAACGGUUUGAAGUCAAAGCAGACAGCAAGAGUGUUCUCUUCACUCUCCAGCAUGAAGCUGCUCCCAGGGAGCACUGGCUUGCGCUGCGGAUGGACGGCUUGCUGUGUGUGCUUGGUGUCAAGUCGGGUCCGAGAGGCCCUCCUUUACUGUACAGAUCACCUGGCAGUUGCAGCAGGCUGCUGCUUCUCCCUUCCACUCAAGUCCUGCAGCAGUCUGUGAUCUUGUGAUCUUAUAUAAAGGAGGAAUGAAAAGCAGAAGAAAGAGAAGAACAAGGGGCGAGCUCCAGGCAGGUGGGCAAGUAGCUAUGGCCAGUGGACCGAACAUGAUGGCCCCCAUUUGUCUGGUGGAAAACCACAAUGAGCAACUGUCGGUGAACGGGGAAGCAGUAGAGAUCCUAGACACAAUUUCUCAGCCAGCGGUAGUUGUGGCCAUUGUUGGAUUGUACCGCACAGGGAAGUCUUACUUGAUGAAUCGCCUGGCAGGCCGGAAUCACGGCUUCCCUCUGGGCUCCACUGUGCAGUCAGAAACCAAGGGCAUCUGGAUGUGGUGUGUGCCACAUCCCACCAAGCCAAAGCACACCCUGGUCCUCCUGGACACCGAGGGCCUGGGCGAUGUGGAAAAGGGUGACCCUAAGAAUGACUCCUGGAUCUUUGCCCUGGCUGUGCUUCUGAGCAGCACCUUCGUCUACAACAGCAUGAGCACCAUCAACCACCAGGCCCUGGAGCAGCUGCAUUAUGUCACAGAACUCACUGAGCUGAUCAGGGCAAAGUCUUCCCUAAAUCCUGAUGGAAUAAAGAACUCCACAGAGUUUGUGAGUUUCUUUCCAGACUUCAUCUGGACUGUUAGGGAUUUCAUGCUGCAGCUGAAGUUAAAUGGAGAAGACAUCACAGAGGACCAGUACCUGGAGAAUGCACUGAAGCUGAUCCCAGGCAACAAUCCCAGAGUCCAAGCAUCCAAUUUGCCCAGGGAGUGCAUCCGACAUUUCUUUCCUAAACGGAAAUGUUUUGUCUUUGACCGGCCAACGGAUGACAAAGAACUGUUACAAAAAAUUGAGACUAUCUCAGAAGACCAGCUGGAUCCUAAGUUCCAGGAACAAACGAGGGCUUUUGUUUCUUACGUCUUUACCUAUGCAAAGAUCAAGACCCUCAGAGAGGGAAUUACGGUCACUGGGAACCGACUGGGGACUCUGGUGACGACCUACGUGGAUGCCAUCAACAGCGGAGCUGUGCCUUGUCUGGAUGAUGCGGUGACAACUCUGGCCCAGCGUGAGAACUCAGCAGCUGUGCAGAAGGCAGCUGACCACUACAGUGACCAGAUGGCCCAGCGACUGAGGCUCCCCACAGACACGCUCCAGGAGCUGCUGGGUGUGCACACAGCCUGUGAGAAGGAAGCCAUUGCUGUCUUCAUGGAGCACUCCUUCAAGGACGAAAACCAGCAAUUCCAGAAGAAGCUGCUGGAAUUAAUAGUGCUCAAGAGGGCAGAUUUCCUGUUGAAGAAUGAAGAGGCAUCAGAGAAAUUCUGCCAGGAAGAACUGAAUCAUCUUGCGAAAGCACUCACAGAAAGUAUUUCAUCUGGGACAUUCUCCAUUGCUGGAGGACACAGGCUCUACAUGGACACCAGGGAGCAGAUUGAGAAGGACUAUUGGCAGGUGUCCAGGAAAGGGGUAAAGGCAAGUGAAGUCUUCCAGAGCUUUCUGCAGUCACAGGCCACCAUUGAGAGUUCCAUCCUGCAGGCAGAUACAGCCCUCACUGCUGGGGAGAAGGCCAUUGCAGAGGAGCAGGCCCAGAAGGAGGCGGCUGAGAAGGAACAGGAGCUGCUAAGACAGAAGCAGAAGGAGCAGCAGCAACUGAUGGAGGCUCAGGAGAGAAGUCACAAGGAAAACCUAGAGCAACUGAGAACGAAGCUGGUGCAGGAGAGAGAGCAGCUCAUCAAAGACCACAAGACGAUGCUGGAGAAGCAGCUGCAGGGUGACCCUAAGAAUGACUCCUGGAUCUUCACCCUGGCUGUGCUUCUGAGCAGCACCUUCGUCUACAACAGCAUGAGCACCAUCAACUACCAGGCCCUGGAGCAGCUGCAUUAUGUCACAGAACUCACCGAGCUGAUCAGGGCAAAGUCUUCCCCAAAUCCUGAUGGAAUAAAGAACUCCACAGAGUUUGUGAGUUUCUUUCCAGACUUCAUCUGGACUGUUCGGGAUUUCAUGCUGCAGCUGAAGUUAAAUGGAGAAGACAUCACAGAGGACCAGUACCUGGAGAAUGCACUGAAGCUGAUCCCAGAACUGGGGACUCUGGUGACGACCUACGUGGAUGCCAUCAACAGCGGAGCUGUGCCUUGUCUGGAUGAUGCGGUGACAACUCUGGCCCAGCGUGAGAACUCAGCAGCUGUGCAGAAGGCAGCUGACCACCUCAGUGAGCAGAUGGCCCAGCGCCUGAGGCUCCCCACAGACAUGCUCCAGGAGCUGCUGGGAAUCCAUAGCAAAGAAGGGGAUUUGUGCAGAAGAAUGAAGAGACCCCUGUGAAAUACUGCUGGAGAGCUGAAUCAGCUUUAGAGGUUCUAACAGAAAGUAUUUCAGCCUCCAUGUUUUCCAUGCCUAGAGGUCACUCGAGAGAAGACUGAGCAUAACUAUUGAGAAAGACUUGGAGACAGCCAAAACAGUGAUUAACAUUUCUGCCUGGCCCUGGCAGCAGGCCUGUCUACAUGCAGUCUGAUUACAGAAAGACUUUAAAACAGUGCCACGAAAGGCUAUCUUGAAAGGCAACAAGAAAGGGCGGGCAGGUCUGGGGAUCUGACCUAUAGGGUUCUCCCUGCACACUGAAUGCACUUACAGCCUUGCAGGAUUGCUGCCAAAGCCGGCCCCUGAAAAGGCAUUUCCUGGAAUGUAACUCUGGUGGAAACUGAAAGCAGCUGAGCCUCUUCUGUACCUGGGGCAUUUCUAGGAAAUCAGCUGUUUCUUGUAUUAGCAAAACAGGAAAGUGGUUUCUUUUCAGCUCUAAAGAGGUUUGCAACUACAAAAUUAAAGU